AUGGAGCUAAAGCCAAAAAAAACAAAAGCUUAUUACAAAUUUGAAGAUCUCCCCCACGACUUUAAGGAGGUAGACCUGGAGUACUUUCAAGAGACUGUCAACAUCAUGCUACAACAACCCCAGAUUGUUAUCCACAACUGGAUCAUGAGUUCUGAGUGGACUUCAGUGACCGACCAUGCUGGGGCAGCUCUCCGGACACAAGCCGAACUCAUUACUCCUGUCGAAAAUCUGGCCACGCCCACCUUCCCCCAACGAGGCCACGCCCACACACCUCCCACGACGGAGACCACGCCCACCUUCCCCCAGCGGGGCCACGCCCACACGCCCCCUUCAGCGGAGCCCCGCCCAUCUCACGUCAGAAAGACCCCGCCCACCUUCCCUCAGCGGGGGCACGCCCACUUUCCCUCAGCCGUGCCCCGCCCACACACCGCCCUCGCCGGGACCACACCCACCUUUCCUCAGCGGGGCCACGCCCACACUGCCCCUUCAGCGGAGCUCCGCCCAUCGCUCAUCCGAAAAGCCCCGCCCACACACUCCCACAGAGGAGCCACGCCCACCAGGGAGGCCGCGCCCACGUCCCGCCUCAACGAGGCCACGCCCACACACCGCCAGCGCUUGAGACCACGCCCACCUCCCCUCAGCGGGGCCACGCCCACACGCCCCCUUCAGCGGAGCCCCGCCCAUCUUACCGGAGCCCCGCCCAUCGCUCCUCAGAAAAGCCCCGCCCACACACUCCCACUGAGGAGCCCCGCCCAUCAGGGAAGCCACGCCCACAUCCCCCUCAACGAGGCCACGCCCACACACCUCCCGCGCCGUGACCGCGCCCACAGUCACUCCGCGGUGCCACGCCCGCAUCUCCCAUUCAGAGAAGCCCCGCCCAUCGCCCUCCAGCGGAGUCCCGCCACGUUUCACCCAGCGGGGCCACGCCCACACACCUCCCGCGCUGGGGACCACGCCCACCUCCCCUCAGCGGGGCCACGCCCACACAUCUCUCUCACCAGGGCCACGCCCACUCCCCCCCUCGGCGAGGCCACGCCCACACGCCCCCUUCAGCGGAGCCCCGCCCAUCGUUCCUCAGCGGUGUCCCGCUCAUACACAUCUCUCGCCGGGACCACACCCACCUUCCCUCAGCGGGGCCACGCCCACACGGCCCCUCCAGCGGAGCCACGCCCGUCGCUGUUCAGAAAAGCCCCGUCCACACAAUCCCUCCCUCAGCGGAGCCCCUUCCAUCAGGGAAGCCCCGCCCACUUUCCCUCAGCGGGGCCGCGCCCACACACCUCCCUCGCCAGGGCCACGCCCACACGCCCCCUUCAGCGGAGCCCCGCCCAUCGCAUUUCAGAAAACCCCACCCACCUCCCCUCGGUGGGGCCACGCCCACUUUCCCUCAGCGGGGCCCCGCCCACGCACCUCCAGGACUGGAGACCACGCCCACCUCCCCUCAGCGGGGCCACGCCCACUUUCCCUCUGCGGGGCCACGCCCACAGGCCUCCUUCAGCGGAGCCCCGUCCAUCGCUCAUCAGAAAAGCCCCGGCCACACACCCCACAGAGGAGCCCCGCCCACCACGGAAGCCACGCCCACGUCCCCCUCAACGUCGCCACGCCCACUUUCCCUCAGCGGGGCCCCGCCCACACACCUCCCUCACCAUGGCCCACAUGCCCCCCUCAUCGGAGCCCCGCCCGUCGUUCCUCAGAAAAGCCCCGCCCACUUUCCCUCAGCGGGGCCCGCCCACACAUCUCCCACGCCGGGACCGCACCGACCUUUCCUCAGCAGGAGCCCCGUCCACACACUCCCUCCCUCAGCGGAGCCCCGCCCAUCAGGGAAGCCCCGCCCACUUUCCCUCCGCGGGACCACGCCCGCACACCUCCCUCACCAGGGCCACGCUCACCUUCCCUCAGCGGGGCCACACCCAUACGCCCCCUUCCGCGGAGCCCCGCCCACACACUCUCUCAGCGGAGCCCCGCCCUCUUUCCCUCAGCGGGGCCACGCCCACCACGGCGGAGCUCCGCCCAUUGUUCCUCAGAAAAGCCCCGCCCACACACUCCCUCAGCGGAGCACCGCCCACUUUCCCUCAGCGGGGCCCCGCCCACACACCUCCCUCGCCGGGACCACACCGACCUUUCCUCAGCGGGGCCACGCCCACACGGCCCCUUCAGCGGAGCCCCGCCCAUCGCUCCUCAGAAGAGCCCCGUUCACACGCUCCCUCCCUCAGCUGA